AUGAGGCCGGAGAAGUUGCUCGCCUCCCUGUUUCGAUGGGGGGGUGGUAAGGAGCUUGGCUGCGGGCCGGAUUUUGUCUCUUACGCUGCGCUGAGCGGGUACUGCAAGCUGGGGAGGGUUGAUGAUGCUCUUAAGCAGUUGAAGGGGUUUAGGGAAGAGGGUUUUGUUCUCGGACUGAAUGGGUAUAGCUCGUUGAUCGAUGGGCUGUUUCGAGCUAGGAGGUUUGGGGAGGCUCGCAGGCUUUAUGAUGAGAUGCUGGAGGAGAAUGUGAUGCCCGAUUGUGUUCUCUACACGAUUAUGAUUCGAGGGCAUUCGGAGGUAGGGAGAGUCGAGGAGGCGUUGGCUUUCUUGAGAGAGAUGACAGGUAGAGGCAUCGUGCCCGAUACAUAUUGCUAUAACACUCUUAUCAAGGGCCUUUGUGAUGCGGGUCAUUUGGAUGAAGCUCGGUCUCUUAGGCUUGAGAUUUCUCAGCAUGAUCUCUUCCCUGACUCGGCGACAUACACUAUUAUGAUUUGUGGGUUGUGCAAAGAGGGGCUUGUUCUUGAGGCUCGACAGAUUUUUGAUGAGAUGGGGAAGCUCGGAUGUGAUCCUAGUGUUCAUACAUUCAAUGCUCUCAUAAGCGGACUUUGCAAAGCCGGGAAGUUAGAAGAAGCUCACUCCAUUUUCAAUAAGAUGAACAUAAAACCUUCGCUUUUUCUUCGACUUUCUCAAAAUGUUGAUCGUGUUAAGGAUCCUGGCCAUCUUCGUAAACUGGUUGAGGAAUUGUGUGAGGCUGGGCUUGUUGUUAAGGCUUAUAAGCUUCUUCGAGAUGUUAUGGGUGUUGUUCCUGAUGUUUUUACUUAUAAUAUAUUGAUGAAUGGAUUUUUCAAAGAAGGGAAGCCUGACGAGGCGCUGAGGCUUUUCAAUGAGCUCCGGAUUAUGAAUCAUAAUUCUCCGGUUGAUUUAGUGACUUUGGGUACGCUUAUAGAUGGGCUCUCGAAGGCCAAUAGAGAAAAUGAUGCACAUAUGUUGUAUGAGCAGCUAAUUUUGAAAGCUGGACGCUCGCCUAGCUCUUCAAUCUGUAAUACUCUUAUGAGAACAUUUUGCAGGAAGAAGAGAGUAGCAAAAGCUGUCUCUCUCUGGUUUACCCACAUCACAGAAUGGACCACCAAAGCUGAGGACAAAGAAACCAUCGAAUUGUUGAAGCAUCACUUUGAGCAAGGGUGCAUCGAAGAGGCAGUCAGAGGAUUAAUUGAGAUGGAUCAGAAAAACAACUCUACCAAUUCUUUCCCUUAUACCAUUUGGCUUAUUGGGUUUUGCCAAGCACGGAAAGUUGAAGAAGCUCUUAAGGUUUUUACUAUUCUCACGGAGUUUGACAUUGAGCUUACUCCACCGAGCUGUGUCAUCCUUAUUCAUAGCUUAUGUUGGGAAGGGGAGUUAGCUUCGGCGUUGGAUGUCAUGCUCUAUGCGUUGAGGAAAGGCUUCUCACUCGAUCAGCCUGUGGGCAACCGAUUGCUGAAGAAACUUCUCAUGGGUAACAAGAAAGAGGAAGCACACAAGCUUGUGGUGAAAAUGGGUCUUGCUGGAUAUGAUAUGGAUAUUUAUCUUCGAGCUGAAACAAAAAAGUUGCUAUAUAAUAAAGUCGCUCGUGUAUCUAGUGUAAGCUGAAUAUUCUUUUCUUUUUUUUUGGCAGUGCUGCUGUUUAUGUAGAGUACCCAUUUUUGAAGUAACAAAACGCCACAAUGUUUUUUAUUGGUUGUUUUUGUGGGUUUGUGAAACCUACAUAAUGUUUUGUAACAUUGUAUAAAUCUAAUGGGAAGUAGGUUUUUUGUCAAAAUUCUGUAUUGUAAUACUUAUUAGAAGAUCAUUGUUUGA